UGUGUUGUUCGUUUUGAUUUGGCAGAUCUCUUGAAGUUAUUAUUGGCCUGUCGCGGUCCGAUAAAAUUAGGCCGAACGCUAGGGGCGCCAGGAAGUUUGUUUCGCCGCAGCCCUUAAUUAACUGGUUGAGCAGCAAAAACAGGUUUGUCGUUUAAGAAGCGACAAAAACAAAUCGAACGACAGCCGCAACCACUCCUUCGCACACUUUCCUCGCGUAUUUUGACACCGCGGGGCUAAUCGUUUCACCGGUUUCACUUUUGCGGCGCGCUGUCAAGUCCCGAUAAGUCGUAGUUACGUGCGUGUCGAGCAAGCGAAAACAAGCAAAAGUAAGAAACCGGUGCACCGACAGCAGCGAGAGAAACGGCGCAGUCGAGCAGGGAGCCCGAGGCCUCCCAUAAUGCGCCGGCGGAGAGUAGAGGAGGGUGGGCCGGUUUUGUACGCGGAACAUAAUAAAAUGCCACGGAAGAAGUCGGCGAAUGGGCUCAGUCGCGAUUCUUUGAUAGGAUGAGCGCUGUUUGUAAUGUUUUCCUACAUUCGAUACAACGUAGUGCGCCCCGUGUGUUGAAAGUGGUGUUUGUGAGUGCUCGCCAAGAACAAUAUAGUGACGGAAAAGGAGGCACUGCUUGGUGGUGUGCCUAUAUCGGGUGUCCCAAGGGUAGAUGACCCACACAAACGCGACGACAACACGGAGUCUGCACGAAGGAGGCGGCUGGAGGACUUUCACGCGUUGGUGAAGAAACAAGUUUACUUGUCCAAGGCUGUUGCAGAUACUUCGCUGAAACCUCGGUGUGAAUUGACCUGGGUGAGCGAUUGGAUGAACCUGCCUGCCUCCUAAGAAGCCAGUGCUGCAUCAGAGCCCUUGACGAAUGCUGCUUCCUUCAGGCCCGAACAGUCUGGCUCGAAGGCGCACCAGCGUCCUUCGUGCAGCAGCUGGCACUGGUUACUGACAGCGUGGGCAUGGGUGUCGGCUGCCAUGGCAGGCAGCUACCGUUACUCGGCUGCAUUGGACAAGACGUACAUGGAGCAGCGUUGGGUGCCACCUAGCACCCCGGCCACCCAGCCUGUGCGCACUGUGCCCAUCAUUCGGACUGCGCCUGCGCCCAGCGCCUCUGACCCACUUCGCUUCAUCAAGGUUAAACAGCCGCCCCUGGGCAAGCAGGCUCGUGAGCAGCUUCAGGCCUACGAGAGCAGCGUGCGCAACCACGUGCGCUCCAAGCUUGACGAGCAGGAGGAACAGUGGCAGACGAACCUCGACGAGUGGAAGAGCAGACGGAGGAAGGCAUCUGAGAGGGCCUUCCAGAGAGUGCAGGACGCCAAGGAGCUUUUCCCUGACGAAGGGCGGAAGGAACCGGAACCAGAGCCGGAACCAACGCUGACCACCAGCACAGAGCUGUUGUCUGAGUACAGCACGCGGGAGGAGUUCAUACCUACCAACACCGCAGUCCGCUCAGUCGCCACUGCUCGUCCGGCUCAAAAAGGCCCCAAACCGCCCGUGCCUCCAAAGCCAAUGACGGAGCUAAGAAGAAAAGAGUUCCCGCCCAAUGGUGACGAGGCAGGCGAGCAAGACUCCAGCAGACAGAGUGCUCCGGCUGAUGCUACAUUAUCAGUCAGCGGCCGCAAACUUUGCUCACACUGCAACCAGCCUCUAGGUCAUGGUGCUGCCAUGGUCAUAGAAAGUCUUCAGCUGCUGUACCACCUUGCCUGUUUUCGGUGCUGUGUAUGCCAGGCACCAUUGGGUAACGGCCUGUGUGGCACUGACGUCCGCGUCCGCAACACAAAGCUUCACUGCACGGACUGCUACAGCAAUGACGAGGCGGGAGUGAAGCUGAGCAGGGUCUGAUGGAGGUGAUCAAUGGUGACGUCUUCCUAGGCGCAAAGUUUUUCACGGCUGGUACAAGACCUGCAUCAACCGGUGUCGUGUCUUGGCUGCUGGUCCUCCUAAGCAGCUGUUUGGCUGCACAGGCCUGUAAAAGAGCCAACAGUAGCCACGCUAUGUUUUUAUUCACUAAGCAUAUAUUUUGUAUGUAGCAGAUAUAUAGCCAAAUGGCAGCUGUUUUAUACAUGCAAUAAAAGCUCAUAGCCAAAGAGAA